GGGGCGGAAAAGGGGAAUGCUACGCUGACCAAAGCCGAAAAGGAGUUUUUCCAGGGACGCAUUGGCAUCAAUUGUCAAAUGAAACAUCUGAUCCCCAAUCAGCGGCUGGAUCCGCUUCAGCCAUGUUUCAGCUGGCUGGAUACGAACUGCAGCAACAACACUCUGCUGUUCUGGCUACAAUAGCAGCUCUGACCUCUGGAUAUAAUAUAAAAGGCACCAUAUACCUCAUUCUUUUGCCAUGUCAGCAGACAGGCUUCCCCAGGACAUUUGAGAACCCAAACCCUCACCACCAUGCCGUCCAAAACCAUCAUCAGCCAACUGGCCAUCUCACUGGCCCUGUGCAACUCUGCCUUGGGCCAGGUCGUCAACGGCGCCGACUACAACAAGCCCGAUGGAGGACCUCCGGCCAGCUUCUUCGCUGCCGCGUCGACCAUGCCCGUGGCAGCCCUUCAAGCAGCGGCCGCCAAAGCCAGCAAGGUCCCCAGCCUGGCCACGUACCCGGUCGGUCAGGACAGUGGUGCGGCCAAGUCGACCAUUCACACCGACUGGGCGUCAUUCGGUGACGGCGCCUCCAUCUCCUGGAUAGCCGACAUGGAUGUCGAUUGCGAUGGGCUCAAUUCUGGAUGUCAGGGAAAUCCGGAUGGACAACCUCAGACCAACUGGGGUGCUCUGUCUGCGUAUGAAGUGCCUUUUAUUGUUAUUCCGGACAAGUACCUGUCGGCUAAUACCGGCGCUCUUCCUGGCAAUAACAUUGCUGCUGUGAUCUGCAACGGCAAAAUGUUCUAUGGUAUCCUCGGUGACUCCAACGGUGACAGCCCGCAGGUAACCGGCGAGGCGUCCUGGUUGAUGGCCCGGACGUGUUUCCCCAACGAGGGCCUGAAUGGCAACAAGGGUCACACCGGUGUCGACGUAACCUACAUCGUCUUCACCGGCAAGGAUGCAGUGCUCCCCAGCAGUGCCUUGACCAAAAACUACAUCACCAACUUUACCACCCUGCGCAGCAUGGGCGACAAGCUCGUCAACGCGCUGGCGUCCAACCUGGGUCUUUCGGGAACUCCGCCGACCAAGACCACCACUCUGGUCACAACGACGACGACCAAACCGACCUCUACGGCUUCAUGCUCCUGGGCAGGCCACUGCUUGGGUGCAUCUUGCUCCAGCAGCGACGACUGCGCCGAUGCUCUCGUCUGUACGGCUGGUAAAUGCUCGGUGGAUGGGGCGGCGACCUGCUCCUGGGAAGGUCACUGCGAGGGUGCUUCCUGCUCGAGCGACGAUGAUUGCGCGGACGACUUGUCUUGCAAGAGUGGUUCCUGCACUGCUCCAUAGGCUCGUGGACUAUGAUGAUGAUGUUAUGACUUGGCAGUGGAUAGGAGAAUGAAAAUUUCCUCAUUGUGUCCAUACCAUAUGCAUAAAUUUGCAAAUUGAGACGUAAUGUGUUUGUGCAUAGCAAAUGCAUGCUUACUAAUAU